CCCACUCCCUCCCAAUGCUCUCCUUCUGUCAGGGAGCCGGGGAAGGCUGGGGAUAAGGAAAAGGUUUUCUGAGCAGGGCUACCAGUCUGGCUGGGUGCCUCCGGCGGAUGCUCGGGGCCGGGGAGCGGGGCCCCCCGUGCUCCCAUGGACCUUCCCAGUGGGCUGCUCCUCGCCUGCUCCCUCUGCCUCUUACCCGGGUUCAGCGACACCUUCAACAUCGACACCAAGAGGCCCAAAAUCAUAGCGGGCUCUAAGGACGCCUAUUUUGGCUACACGGUGCAGCAGCACGACAUCGGGGGCAAGAAAUGGCUGGUGGUGGGGGCCCCCUACGAGACCAACGGGCAGCAGAAGACGGGAGAUGUCUACAAGUGCCCGGUGACCAGCGACAGCCCCAGCAACUGCACCAAGCUCAACCUAGGAAGAGUCACGCUGUCCAACGUGUCCGAGAGGAAGGACAACAUGCGCCUGGGGCUCAGCCUGGCCACCAACCCCAAGGACAGCAGCUUCCUGGCCUGCAGCCCGCUCUGGUCCCACGAGUGCGGCAGCUCCUACUACACCACGGGGAUGUGCUCCCGCGUCAACGCCAACUUCAGAUUCGCCAAGACCGUGGCCCCGGCUCUGCAGAGAUGCCAGACGUACAUGGACAUCAUCAUCGUUCUGGACGGAUCAAACAGCAUCUACCCUUGGGUUGAAGUUCAGCACUUCCUGAUCAACAUCUUGAAAAAAUUUUACAUCGGCCCCGGCCAGAUACAAGUCGGCGUGGUUCAGUACGGAGAAGACGUGGUCCACGAGUUUCACUUAAAUGACUACAGGUCUGUAAAAGACGUGGUGGCGGCUGCCAGUCACAUAGAGCAACGAGGAGGCACAGAAACCAGGACUGCCUACGGGAUAGAGUUUGCUCGCUCGGAAGCGUUUCAGAAAGGUGGCCGGAAAGGGGCAAAGAGAGUAAUGAUUGUAAUCACAGAUGGAGAGUCGCACGACAGCCCAGACCUGGAGAAGGUGAUCGAGGACAGCGAGAAGGACAACGUCACCAGAUACGCGGUGGCGGUACUGGGUUAUUAUAACAGAAGAGGGAUCAAUCCCGAAGCCUUUCUGAACGAGAUAAAAUUCAUAGCGAGCGACCCCGAUGACAAGCACUUCUUCAACGUCACCGACGAGGCAGCGCUCAAAGACAUCGUGGACGCGCUGGGGGAAAGGAUUUUUAGCCUGGAAGGAACCAACAAGAACGAAAUCUCCUUUGGACUGGAGAUGUCCCAGACGGGUUUCUCAUCUCACAUCGUGGAAGAUGGGAUCCUGCUGGGGGCUGUGGGUGCCUACGACUGGAACGGGGCCGUGCUGAAGGAGACCAGCAGCGGGAAGGUGAUCCCACUGCGCGAGUCCUACCUCCAGGAGUUCCCCGAGGAGCUGAAGAACCACGGUGCCUACCUGGGUUACACCGUCUCCUCCGUCGUGUCCACCGCCCGCGAGCGGCUCUACGUUGCGGGAGCACCGCGGUUCAACCACACGGGGAAGGUCAUCAUCUUCACCAUGCACAACAACCGCAACCUCACCAUCCACCAGGCGCUGAAGGGCGAGCAGAUCGGCUCCUACUACGGAAGCGAGAUCAACUCCCUGGAUGUGAACGGUGAUGGUGUCACGGACGUGCUGCUGGUGGGAGCCCCCAUGUACUUCAGCGAGGGCAGGGAGAGGGGCAAGGUCUACGUCUACGCCCUGCGAGAGAACCGCUUUGUUUCCAGCGGGGCCCUGGGGGACCUGCAGGGCUACCAGAACUCCCGCUUCGGCUCCUGCAUCGCCGCCGUGCCCGACCUCAACCAGGACUCCUACAACGACGUCGUGGUUGGGGCGCCCUUGGAGGACGACCACCAAGGAGCGAUAUACAUCUUCCUCGGCUUCCAGGAGACCGUCCUGAAGAAGUACAAGCAGCGGAUAGCAGCUGCAGACCUCGGACCAGGCCUGAUGUAUUUUGGAUGCAGCAUCCACGGACAGCUGGACAUGAACGAAGAUGGGCUCGUGGACUUAGCUGUCGGCUCUCUGGGGAACGCCGUGCUGCUCUGGUCCCGCAGCGUCGUCCAGAUCAACGCCAGCAUCCGCUUCGAGCCCUCCAAAAUCAACAUCUUCACCAAGGACUGCAAGCGGAACGGGAAGGAUGCCACCUGCAUGUCGGCCUUCAUCUGCUUCACCGCCGUCUUCCUCUCGGCCCACUUCCAGACAGCCAGCGUGGCGCUGCACUACAAUGCCACCAUCGACGAGCGGCGGUACACGCCGCGGGCUCUCCUGGACGAGAGCGGGGAGCGGCACGCUCACCAGGCACUGGUGCUGCUGGCGGGGCAGGAGCACUGCGACAGGCUCCACUUCCACGUGCUGGACACGGCUGACUACGUGAAGCCGGUGACGUUCUCCGUCGACUACGAGCUGGAGCACCCCGAGAGCGGCCCCAUGCUGGACGACGGCUGGCCCACCUCGCUCAAGGUCUCGGUCCCGUUCUGGAAUGGGUGCAACGAGGAUGAGCACUGCGUCCCUGACCUGGUCCUCGAUGCCCGAAGCGACGUUCCCAGUGCCAUGGAGUACUGCAGGAGGGCUCUGCGCCGGGCUGCGCCCGCCUGCUCCUCCUUCAGCCUCUCCUUCGACGCCUCCGUCUUCGUCAUCGAGAGCACCAGGAGGAGGGUGGCCGUGGAGGCGACGCUGGAGAACCGCGGCGAGAACGCCUACAGCACCGUGCUCAACAUCUCCUUCUCCAGGAACCUCCAGUUCGCCAGCCUCAUCCCCAAGGAUGACACAGACAUCAACAUCGACUGCAUGAGCGACGAGAAGCACCCCAACAAGCGAGUCUGCAACGUGAGCUACCCCUUCUUCCGAGCGAAAGCCAAGGUAGCUUUUCGCCUGGAUUUUGAAUUCAGCAAGGCAAUUUUCCUGCAGAGCAUGGAGAUCUACCUGACUGCCAACAGUGACAGCGAGGAGAAGGAGAGCACCAAGGAGGACAACGUCGCCCACCUCAAUUUCCACCUCAAGUACGAAGCCGACCUGCUCUUCACCAGGGCGUCCAGCCUGGACUACUACGAAAUCAAAUCCAACAGCUCCCUGGAGAGAUACGACAGCAUCGGCCCCCCCUUCCACUGCACCUUCAAGCUGCAGAACCUGGGCUUCUUCCCCGUGGAGGGGGUGACCAUCAAGCUCACCGUCCCCGUGGCCACCAGGGCGGGCAACCGCCUCCUGCUCCUGACCGAAUUCGUGGUGGACCAGGAGAACACAACCUGCAACGUUUGGGGGAACACCACCGACUACCGCAGCACGCCCACCGAGGAGGACCUGUCCCGCACCCCACUCCUGAACCACAGCAACUCCGACGUCGUUUCCAUCGACUGCAAUGUGAAACUAGCCCCCAACGAGGAGAUGAACCUGCACUUGCGUGGCAAUCUGUGGAUGAAGUCACUGAAAGCACUGAAGUUCAAGUCACUGAAGCUCACCACGAACGCCGCCCUCCAGCGACGCUUCGGGAGCCCCUUCGUCUUCCGCGAGGAGGACCCCAGCCGCCAGAUAACAUUUGAAAUCUCCAAGCCGGAGGAGUCGCAGAUCCCCAUCUGGAUCAUCCUGGGGAGCACGUUAGGGGGGCUCCUGCUCCUGGCGCUGCUCGUGCUCGCGCUCUGGAAGCUUGGAUUUUUUAAAAGCGGCAGCCGCAGGAGAGAGGCGGAGGAGGAGCAGAGUGCCAAGGUGCUGGAGUGAUGCUCCCGGCGGGGCCGGGGGGCUCGGCCCCCUCUCGCCGCCCUCCUCGGCGCUCGCUGCUCAGCGGGAGAUGCUCGUCUCGAUGCCGAGGGACUUGGGGGCUGAGAGACGAGACGAGAACGCACCCCUUUGUGUGAAAUCGCCUAAACAGGUCCAAAACAGACAAACACCAAAAAAAAAAAGACCAACGACACCAAAAAAAAAAAUACCAAAAAAAAGAAAAACAAGAAGCAGACAAACCCAGCCCCUAUGCCAUGGGUUCAAACUGCUUUUAGGACAGCCCUGCCCUAGCAGGGCUGGCAGUGGUGCAGAAGGGACAGGGCAAGCGCGCACCCCAUAACCUGGGGUGAACCAGGUGCAGCAUCCCCAGGGGACCAAUCUUUAGCAAUUUCCAUUUUUUCAUGAUUUUUUUUUUUUUUUAAUUUCCAUAGUGGGGCUGUGUCAAACCCCAGGGCUCCCCUGCCCCAAGGAAGGGGAAUCUCUCGGCUGGGGGGAAAAAGAGCAAACUUGGGUGGAAAUAAUGAAUCCGUCCCGAGGGGCUGCGGGGUCUGGGGGGCUCCCACAGGGCACAGCGAAGCCGCAGCUCUCGGACUGCUCAGCACCAGCUACAUGGAGCAAUCAGCUGGAGGUUUUAAUUUGCCUUCUUGAUGCACUGAAUACGAAUAAUAGCAAAUUAAAGCACCUUAACGCAUAUCUCCAGCGUCCAGCUGUACAUACUUAUUCUAGAAAUAUUUGCCUGUUUAAGCAAAGGAGAAAAAAAAAUCAAGAAAUCUUUUUUAAAAAUCUUUUUAAAAAUUCAAAAAAAAAAAAGUUCAAAGUGUUUUCUACAAACUGAGCAGUUUCGAAGAGCUUGCGUCCAGCAAGGGUCCGCACGUGUACUAUAAGUGUAUAUAUUUGGUGUCACGCCAAGCCAGAUGGUCAGUGCUGUUCGACAAAAAUCUUUCUUUUUGCAUAACAGAAUUAUUUAUGCUAAUAUUAAUUUUAUGAAGGAGAAGAAAGCAUAUGUCCACCUGAUGUGUAAUGAAGUGUGUUAAAUACUGUCCUAGUAUUUUUUAAGGAUUAAAAACACGGUAUUUUAAAAAAACAAA